CUCGGCUUGCGAGACCGGGCAGCCUCUGCUCUUCCUCCCUGGAGGAGCGACUGCAGCUCAAGAGGAAAAAGUAGGGAGGAGGAGCCAGGAAUGGGCUGAGGAACGGAGUGUUGGAAGCGGGCUGCGACAAGGCGGCGGCCUCCGCCCCGAAGCGGUGCGCACUGCCGCCUCGGUAGCUGUCAUGGCCGCCCGGGUCACGUGACUGCGACUCGGCGCAGGCCUGGAUCCCCGUCGCUCUAGUUCAGUAGCCUCGGUGCUCCGAGACCCUCCCCUUCUCGCUUGCGGACUCGCACACUGCCUUUCUUCCCUCGGGGGGACUGCUGUACAGACUCCGAGGAAUCCGGAAACAUCUGGAGAAAAUGACACAUUGGUUUCAUAGGAACCCAUUAAAGGCCACCGCUCCUGUCUCUUUUAACUACUAUGGCGUAGUCAGUGGCCCCGCUGCUUCAAAAAUUUGCAGUGACUUGAGAUCGUCCAGAGCACGGCUGCUUGAAUUGUUCACUGAUUUGAGCUGUAAUCCAGAAAUGAUGAAGAACGCAGCAGAUGCAUAUUUUUCACUUUUACAAGGUUUCAUAAAUUCAUUGGAUGAAUCUACCCAAGAAAGCAAGUUACGAUAUAUUCAAAAUUUCAAAUGGACUGAUACAUUGCAAGGACAAGUUCCAAGUGCCCAGCAGGAUGCUGUUUUUGAAUUAAUUUCCAUGGGAUUUAAUGUAGCUUUAUGGUAUACCAAAUAUGCUUCAAGACUGGCUGGAAAAGAAAACAUAACAGAAGAUGAAGCAAAAGAAGUCCAUCGGAGCCUAAAAAUUGGAGCUGGGAUUUUUAAACAUUUAAAGGAAAGUCAUAUUCCAAAGCUUAUAACACCUGCAGAAAAGGGGCGGGAUUUAGAGGCACGACUCAUAGAAGCUUAUAUUAUCCAAUGUCAGGCUGAAGCUCAAGAAGUAACAAUUGCUCGAGCAAUUGAACUGAAACACGCUCCUGGACUAAUUGCUGCACUGGCAUAUGAAACAGCCAAUUUCUAUCAAAAAGCUGAUCAUACUUUAUCCAGUUUGGAGCCUGCAUACUCUGCUAAAUGGAGAAAAUAUCUUCAUUUGAAAAUGUGUUUCUACACAGCUUAUGCUUACUGUUACCAUGGUCAGACUUUGUUGGCUAGUGAUAAAUGUGGUGAAGCCAUCAGGUCUCUCCAAGAGGCAGAAAAAUUUUAUGCAAAGGCAGAAGCAUUAUGCAAAGAAUAUGGAGAAACCAAAGGACCUGGACCAACAGUCAAACCUUCAGGACACUUGUUCUUUAGGAAACUUGGAAAUCUUGUGAAGAAUACACUAGAAAAAUGUCAGAGAGAAAAUGGAUUUAUUUACUUUCAGAAAAUUCCAGCAGAAGCCCCACAGCUGGAACUCAAAGCAAAUUAUGGUCUCGUGGAGCCUGUACCUUUCGAGUUUCCUCCUACAAGCGCGCACUGGACUCCGGAGACGCUGGCUGCCUUUGAUCUCACCAAAAGACCCAAGGAGGACACUAGCAAACCCAAACCAGAAGAGGCGGUGAAACCUGUGAAGGAACCAGACAUCAAACCGCAGAGAGACACUGGGUGCUCCAUCUCCUAAAAUACACGGAGGCACGUGCACCGGGAAUUUCUCUGCUAGUAGACGAGAUAAGCCGUGGAACUCCGGUUCAUCUUUCUUGAAAUGAUUUCUGUGAAGCCUAUAGAGUGAUUUAGUACAUU